CUCACAGCGGGAACCAGUACGUGAUGCAGCGUAAGCUGUCACUCGCCCUUAUAAACCCAACAAGAAGAAACCUUGCAGUUCCAAACUGCAUUUAUCCUGAAAAAGUUUUCCAUUUCCUGUACAUAUGGACAGGCAUACACUGUGUUCAAAAGAUUCUUGGCUGGCCAUAAACCAUCGCUAAUAACUCGAUCUGUUUGAGCAGCUUAAGAACAAGGACCGCCACACUGAAGAAGCAGCAUUGUGAUCGGAGAAGCUUAGAAAAUAUCAAGUGUCACAGAUCUGGAGUAAUUUGGCAGGCAUCAUGAAGUCUGGUAAUGGACACAUUGUUUGUGUGCCAGGACAGAGAAUAUGUGAAGUAAGUGGUAACAUUCUGGCAGGUGAAGGCACCUACACCUUCAACAAGUACAUCUAUGCCUCUUUAGCUGGACAAGUCACAGUUGUACCCACAGAAGAUGGCCAAGUUGUUAAGGUUACCUUGGGACGACAAGGUACAGUGAUGCCAGAAGCUGGUAGUGUUGUAACCUGCCGUGUUUUGAGUGUCAACCCUAACCAAGCAACAGUGCUAAUCAUCUGUGUUGGUUCUAACAAGUUGCAUUCACCUGUCUCUGGCACUGUCAAGAAACAGAAUGUUCGAGACUACCAAAUUGACACUGUAGAGAUGUACAAUUGUUUUCGUCCAGAUGACAUUAUUUUAGCAGCUGUUCUCUCACUUGGUGACCUACGGAACUACGAGCUCUCUACUGCUGGCACUGAGUUGGGAGUAGUAACUGCCUAUUGUGAAGAAGGUCAUCCACUAGUCCCUGCCUCAUGGACAACAAUGAAAUGCAAAUGUCGAACAGAACGAAGAAAAGUCGCAAAAGUAAUGCCACCUAAAAGUACAAGUGCAUGAAAAGAAAAUAGUUAUUAAAAAUUCUUCAAAAAUCAAGUAGUAUUAUAGCACACAAAUACUACACUUACAAAGAAUGUAAUGCGAGACCCAUUUGGAGUGCUCUGCAGCAUUUUAGUUAUUUAUUAAAUUUAUUUUGCAAAAGCUGUUUUAUUUGGUUAAAUAUAUACAUGUACUAGUACUACUAAUAAUAAUAAUAACAAUAAUAAUUACAUAAUCAUAAUACUUAAAAUAUAAAAAUUAUUUGUGUAAAAAUAUACCAUUAAGGAUAAUGCAUAUAUUAUACUGUAUAGGUAAUUUCUGUUCACAAAUAAAUGGUGAUGUUCAA